AUGAACACUUCAUGGACCGGAGGCCAGCAACAAGCGGACGAAGACCGCGCCAAGUUGGAAGAGUUUGAAAAAAGAGUCGACCCGAACAACAAGCAACAGACGGAUCUUCUGGAAGAGAUGCGACGACACACGGAACAGUUGGAAAAAUCUCGAAAGUACGAAGAUCCGAGAUUGUCGUUCUCGACGCCGGAGUUUAAAGAGGCGCAGAGGAAGUUUCAAGCGAGAUUUAACGUGAAUUUUGAUCGACCGAUCGAGUAUGGGAUGGUGAAGAAGUAUCCGUGGUCGACGCCGACUUUGCAAAAGUUGGAGGUGCCGGUGGAUGUGGACGGGAACCCGUGGCCUUUGGACGAGAACGGGAAUCCGAUCUUGAAGGAAGGGGUGGACAUGGAGCCGAGCAAACAGUUUGAGAGGAUGGCGCAAGGCAGUCGUUAA